UGCGCGGGGGGCUUUCGCUUGGCGUGGACUCCGGAGCCCCCGGCCGCCGCCAGUCCUGCUCUGCUGCGGCGCGAUCGAGGAGUUGCCUGGAAGGGAGGCCAGCCAUGUCUGAUCCAGCUCAGCAACCUGCCCCUGGGGCAGGAGAAGGUGGGGAAGGGGCAGGAGGUGCCCCAGGGCAGCCUCCAAACUUGACAAGCAAUCGCCGUCUGCAACAGACUCAAGCCCAAGUAGAGGAAGUGGUGGAUAUCUUGCGGGUGAACGUGGACAAAGUCUUAGAGCGAGAUCAGAAGCUAUCAGAACUUGACGAGCGAGCGGAUGCCCUCCAAGCUGGGGCCCAAGUGUUUGAAAGUAGUGCGGCAGCUCUCAAGCGGAAGUACUGGUGGAAGAAUUGUAAGAUGAUGAUCAUGCUGGGAGUGAUCUGUGCUAUUGUGGUGAUUGCCAUUGCACGUAAGUACCGCGGGGGGGGGGGAUCCUGUCACUGAGCUGCAAGCAGGGGACAGCCAGAGCCGCCUGCCUGCCGGCCUGCCAGUUAUGGGGCAGGACAAAACAGUAUCUGCUGACUUUCUCCUCGUGGUUGAUAGCAAAGAUCAGCAGAUCUGGGAAGGAUAAUGUUGCCCUUUAGGGUAACGGGGCGCGUUUUCUCUGCUGGGGGGAGGCGCAGAGGUCUGUUGGGGGGUGACUUCUUUUCUUGGAUGUUCAGCUGCCUGAAGUGUGGGAUGCCUGGUGUAACGUGCCCUCUUGUUCUCUCCUUUCUCUUCCACCUCCUGUUGCUUCUGUCCCUAGUUUAUUUUUUCACCUGAUAACGUGGUUCCCCCUCUCCCCCAGUCCGCAGCCUCCUUUCCCCUCUCCCUUUCCUCCGCCCUUCUCUUCCUUUCUCCCCCCUUUCCAGCUUUAGCAUUGGUCCCCCCACCCCUUUACUUUUGCUUGCCUUCCAUAGAGACAUCGGUGCCCUGUUUCUGGAUUUCAGUUGAACCCCCCCUUCACAGCAGCUGCAGCUCCCAAGAGGGCCC